GUUAGGUGCAUGUUUUCUUUUCGAAGCUUCUAAAGUCACCUUGGUAAGUGUAUAGAAGACAGAUCCCACCGUCUCUUCGCUUCCCUAUGCUUUUCUUCAUCCUUUCUCCUCCCUCAUCUCUUUUCAGAACUGAGCUAGGAUGGAUUCUUCAUUUUUUCCAUGAAACCUUUGUAAAUGUUGAUGUAUGAAACAGCGGCACCCAUUUUUCCCAUGGUAUAUUUGGAACGGAUUCCGCAUCUGUAUCCGUACACGACACGGGUGCUUCGAUGGUUUUAAAGAGUCUGAGCAUCACAGAAAGUGAAAGGGGACAGAAGCAAAUCGGUGUUGUUUGAAGGGUGUAGGCUUGCAUCACAGUUGCGACAGUUGCAGGAAGUUAAGGAGAAGAAAUGGGAACUAAGUAGUAAUGUGUGGGCAGAGAUGAUGGCUUAUGCUGCAAGCCAGUGCAGAGGGAGUUAUCAUGCUUUGCAGUUGAGAAGCGGUGGGGAAUUUCUUUCCCGUGUCUGGCUUCUGAUGGCAUUUCUUGGUUUAACUGAACAGUUCCAGAUAUCACAAGGCAAAGUGCCUGAAUGAACUCAGACUUCCCAGUUGGAAAUGAAGGCUAAGAGAGUUGCCAUCAUGAUCUGGAGUAGGUGAUGGGGAAGCUGCUGGUUCAACCGAACCAGACGGAGGGAAAGCUGCUUUGCUUCUGACUUUAUACUCAAUUGAAGGGUGAAGACUUAAAUAAAAAAGUUAAGCUGUUGCUCGCCAUUUCCUGGUAAAGUUCCAACCGUUUCCAGAUCCCAAGUAUUUUUCUCUUCCUUUCUUUCUUUCUUUCUUUCUUUCUCUCUCAUAAUCAAAUAGUUAAGCUGUUGAGCCCCCAUAUCAUGAAUUGUCUGUAUCUGAUAAGCUGCUGUCCAUAGAGAUACUCAUUAACUUGUUGUGAACAAUUUCAUGUUUUUUUUUUUUUUUAAGCAAAUUUCUUCAAACUAGAUUAUCGCCAAGCCAGAGACCAUGAUGAAAGAUGAUGAAGAUGAUGAAUGCUGGUUAGAAACCACACAAGUGGAUAUACAACUUUCAUGUGCAAUACAAAAGCUAGAGGAAGUGCUGGCGGUUGAGGAGGAAGUGUUUCUUCGCCCAACAGUCGGACGGAAAAUAGCUGAAAUUAAAAAAGAGGCUUUCAACCUCGGAAACUUGACAAGGCACUCAAAGGAGUUAUUCGGCGGAUUCGAGGAGUACAUUUAUGUUAUUGGAGAAGGUAGUAAUCCGCUUAACAUAUUCGAGAAAGAGGUUCUUAACCUUGCUUACCAGGUGGAAGAUGCCACAUCAUCCUUCUUUUGUAGAAGAGAAAUGAGAAAAAAGAGACAGCAGGGCCUCAUGAAGAAGAUGAUGCUUUUCAAUAAUCUUUCGGACCAACACGAUGAUAUGUUAGAGGAGAUCAUGGAAGCCAAGAAUGCAUUCAUUUCCUCCACCAACUUCAGCAGUUUAGCUAUCGACGACGCCAAUAGCCUCUUCAGCGCUGCAGACAUGCUGCCCCGGAAAGCUACCGAUUAUAAUUUGAAGUUCGGUAGAUCAAAUUUUGUUUGUUGUGAAGAAAAGCGAGGUGGAAAGAAUUCCCCAGACUACCAUUUGUGGGGUUACUUAACAAUCCUGGGGGAAGUAGGAUCUGGCAAAACAACCUUUGCCAGGGACAUAUACAGUGCAGUUACUAAUGAACCGAAGCAGGGGUUUGAAAUCCGUGCUUGGGUUAGUGUGAGGCCAGAAUACGAAAUCACUGAUAUCUACACUGACAUAGUCCAACAACAGGAAGACAUACCAAAUGAGAUAGUCCGCAGCCUGGGUUCCCAAGGAUUGUCUGAGAGGCUGAAGAAGUGGUUGGAAAGUUGCAGAUUUAUCAUAGUCUUGGACGAUGUCCACUACAUCUGGUCGCAAAUCAAAUCCCACUUCAAAUAUCUGUUUCCAAUCAAAACAACACAGUGUAGUACAGUCAUAAUAACCACCUGUGAAGCACAAGCGUCGGAGAUUACAAGGGUUAUUAAGGUACUUGGCCCCCUAAGUGAAAAAGAUCGCUGGGAAUUGUUCAAGAACACCUUGAAAAAGGCCAACAUGAUAAACCAGAUAGAUAAGCAAGAUGAUGCCACAAACCGGCUAGAGACAGAGCUUCCCAAGGGAAUCAUCUGCCAAAUGAAUAGCUAUUUACAUCUAGGAAUCAUCACGCUGGCUCGUCUCUAUAUGACCAACAAGCAUGACAACCAGAAAUCAAGUUCUUCAUUGUCAUUAUUAAUAGACUGGGAUUUGAAUUUCCAAAGGCUGCCUCCAAAAAUAAGACAGUGUUUUCUUUAUAUGGGGAUCUUUCCAGAAAAAUUUGAGAUCCCCAUAAGAAGAUUAUUCAGGCUAUGGAUUGCGGAGGGACUGGUAGUAGCUAUGCAGUCUUCAGAGACUCCUGAAGAUUUGGCACGGAGCUACCUAAUGGAGCUUGAAACAAAGAAAUUAAUUUCCGUAAACAGAAAAAAUGGACAUCCCAAGUCGUGCUGUAUGCCAUCAGCUAUGCACAAAUUCUUUUCAAGAAAGGCCAUGCAUCUUGGAAUUUUCUAUGUCCAUAAUGGGUCGGAAAAUCCAAGUUCAAAGUCCAGGGCUAGACGGCUUGUAGAACAUGCUGCUGACAUCCAGCAGUACCCCACUUCAGAUGAUGAUUACAAGCUGCGUUCUUACAUAUCUUUCAAUAACCGAAAGCGGGAUAUGCCAGCCCAACAGGUAGGUGUUUUUCUUGGAAAACUUGUUGCUAAAAAUGGAUUUGGAUUGCUGAGAGUACUAGAUCUUGAAAAUGUCUAUAAACCACUGCUACCGGCAGAGACACUUGAAAAACUAUUCUUGCUAACAUACUUAGGCUUGAGAUGGACUUUCUUGGAUUCACUUCCUGAUUCAGUUGGUACCCUGCAAUAAUUGGACACUUUAGAUGUCAAACACACUAAUAUUACCAUUUUGCCUAGUACCAUUUGGAAAGCAAAGACGCUUAAACAUCUCUAUAUGAACCAAGUUCACUUUGAUAUGUCCAUUAACAAAGGCUUUACUGGUAGUUUAGCCAAUCUGCCGACACUGUGGGGGCUGUCUAUAGGUAGCAACAAAGAUGUGGUGAAAUCGUUGAGCAAGUUGAGUAGUCUCAGAAAAUUGGGUUUGACCUAUCAUUCUACAACAGCAGAGGAAAUAGCUAACUGGAUUUCCAAACUCGCCUAUCUUCAAUACCUGAGGUUGAGAUCCAUUAAUGAAUUAGGCGAACCUUCAAACCUCAAGUUGCCUGCGGAUAUGAGCAUGCUUGAAAGGCUUUCUGAGUUGUAUUUGGUGGGCGUGUUAUCAUCUACGAAUAAUCAAACUUUUGUUCAAUUUCCACCCAACUUGAAAAUCCUCACUUUGAGUGGGUCUCAACUAAAGAAUGACUCGCUGCAAAUGCUUGGAAAGCUAUCCCAUCUUGAAACACUGAGGUUAUAUGCACAAUCAUAUUCUGGUGGUCAAAUCAUCUUUGACAAGGAUGAAUUCUCAAACUUGGUUGUUUUGAAACUGUGGAAGCUGGUGAAACUGGAGACUUUGGAAAUGAAGAAAGGAGCGAUGUCCAAACUCGAAGAAUUAGACAUCAGACUCUGUGAUAAUCUGAAUCCUAUGAAAGGACUGGAGCAGGUUGGUAGCUUGAAAACAAUAACCUUAACAGAUAUGCCUGGCGAUUUUGUAGAAACAGUUAAACGUGAAGUGAAAAGUGAAGUGACCAAAGACUGUGUAGUUGUUAAAGUACAGAAUUUGAAGUCAUCUCCUAUAUCUACAAACCAAAGCAACAAUAACAUGAGAGGUCAUGGAGGAGGAAGGAACAGUGGAGGAAGAAUCGUUUGCCAACUCUGUGAUGGACCGGGUCACACCGUCCAUGAUUGUUUGCAUAGGUUCGACAAAAAUUUUUCAGGAAAUAAAAGUCAAGAUUACUCUUCUGCUCAUUAUUCCUCUCAAGAUAUUGUUGUCAAUCCUGAGUGGCUGCCAGACAGUGAUGCUACUAACCAUGUCACUGCAGAUCGGUCAAACCUCCGGCAAAAGUCUAAAUAUGGAGGCAAGGGCAAGCUUAUAAUUGGCAACAGACAAGGUUACGGAGAAGGUACUUCUACGUCGCACACAUAAGGAUGGUCUUUUAUCGUAUUUGUCUGCCCGGAGUUGGAAAUAAAAAUCCAACGUGUGUUUCAGCCUCCAAGCCAAGUUUUAGUAGUAAUUUUUCUCCAUAUUUCCCAAAAAAUAGGACCUGGCAUUAUCGCCUAGGUCACCCCUCGUUUGAUGUGUUUAAGGACUCUAGCUACUCAAUGUAAUGAACUUUCUUUGAAUU